AUGCAGUGGCUAUUCAGCAGACAAGAUCUCACACAACUUACAGUACGUGCUUACUGGACAGCUCCGAGUCCACCUUGUCGAGUAGCUGUGAUCGACUUUACGAUAACAAAGUACCCCAGUGAUGCCAUCUACACUUACAUGACAACAUCAUCUGUUAUACCAAGCUCCCUUCAAGCCUUGACACUGCGUUAA